AUGAUCGCAACUCUCUGUACAACCAACUUCGUCGCUUUUGCCGACUGGACCCCCAUGUGUCGAGACUGUCAAUACAGUGGAACUUAUACAACGGCCUACCUCUGUGAGAAUGGCACAGCAGUCUCACUCUGUGACAGUUAUACAACCUCCCUCUGUGAGAAGGGUAUAGUAGUUUCACUCUGUGUCAGUAAUACAACCUCCCUCUGUGAGAAGGGUAUUAUAGCAGUCCCACUCUGUGACAGUAAUACAACAACCUACCUCUGUGAGAAUGGUAUAGUAGUUUCACUCUGUGACAGUAAUACGACAACCUCCCUCUGUGAGAAGGGUAUUAUAGCAGUCCCACUCAGUGACAUUAAUACAACAACCUACCUCUGUGAGAAUGGUAUAGUAGUUUCACUCUGUGUCAGUAAUACAACCUCCCUCUGUGAGAAGGGUAUUAUAGCAGUCCCACUCAGUGACAUUAAUACAACAACCUCCCUCUGUGAGAAGGGUAUUAUAGCAGUCCCACUCAGUGACAUUAAUACAACAACCUCCCUCUGUGAGAAUGGUAUAGUAGUUUCACUCUGUGUCAGUAAUACAACCUCCCUCUGUGAGAAUGGUAUUAUAGCAGUCCCACUCUGUGACAGUAAUACGACAACCUACCUCUGUGAGAAUGGUAUUAUAGCAGUCCCACUCUGUGACAGUAAUACAACAAUCUCCCUCUGUGAGAAGGGUAUUAUAGCAGUCCAACUCAGUGACAUUAAUACAACAACCUACCUCUGUGAGAAUGGUAUAGUAGUUUCACUCUGUGUCAGUAAUACAACCUCCCUCUGUGAGAAGGGUAUUAUAGCAGUCCCACUCUGUGACAGUAAUACAACAACCUCCCUCUGUGAGAAGGGUAUUAUAGCAGUCCCACUCUGUGACAGUAAUACAACAACCUCCCUCUGUGAGAAGGGUAUUAUAGCAGUCCAACUCAGUGACAUUAAUACAACAACCUACCUCUGUGAGAAUGGUAUAGUAGUUUCACUCUGUGUCAGUAAUACAACCUCCCUCUGUGAGAAUGGUAUUAUAGCAGUCCCACUCUGUGACAGUAAUACGACAACCUACCUCUGUGAGAAUGGUAUUAUAGCAGUCCCACUCUGUGACAGUAAUACAACAACCUCCCUCUGUGAGAAGGGUAUUAUAGCAGUCCAACUCAGUGACAUUAAUACAACAACCUACCUCUGUGAGAAUGGUAUAGUAGUUUCACUCUGUGUCAGUAAUACAACCUCCCUCUGUGAGAAUGGUAUUAUAGCAGUCCCACUCUGUGACAGUAAUACGACAACCUACCUCUGUGAGAAUGGUAUUAUAGCAGUCCCACUCUGUGACAGUAAUACAACAACCUCCCUCUGUGAGAAGGGUAUUAUAGCAGUCCAACUCAGUGACAUUAAUACAACAACCUACCUCUGUGAGAAUGGUAUAGUAGUUUCACUCUGUGUCAGUAAUACAACCUCCCUCUGUGAGAAUGGUAUUAUAGCAGUCCCACUCUGUGACAGUAAUACAACAACCUCCCUCUGUGAGAAAGGUAUAGCAGUCUCACCCUGUGACAUUAAUACAACAGCCUACCUCUGCGAGAAUGGUAUAGCAGUCUCACUCUGUAACAGGAAUACAACAGCUAACCUCUGUGAGAAGGGUAUUAUAGCAGUCUCACUCUGUGACAGUAAAUCAACAGCCUACCUCUGUGAGAAAGGUAUAGCCGUCUCACUCUGUGACAGUAACACAACAGCUUACUCUGUGAGAAAGGUAUAG